UUCACCCUCUCCUUCGUUGUUUACAACUGCGCGUUUGGUCGUCAAAAUCGUUCGUGUGUUUUUAUCCAUCUUCUUCCGAUUUCAUAGCUGUCAAAACCUUCCAUCCAAAAUCAAAAUUAGUAUUUAGUAUUUAGUAUUUAUUUCAUUCAAACUUAACGUAAGCCUGUCGGUUAUACCAUUUUUCAGGUCAAGGAAACAACAAUUGAUAUUGCAACUUUUAGAAGAUAACAAUUACCUAGGAUUUUGUAGCAAGAUUCGUGACUGGCUGGUGUUGAGAAGUGGUCUAUAAGUGAUUUGGGUUCAGAAUAGAUUAAAUUUUAUGUUGUGGAGUAAAGAUUGAAGUUCGGAAAAUAUGUAGAGGGAUUGAAGUUUUGUGUACGUGCGUUUCAUCAUAAACUGUGUUUAUAAACGUUUCUGCUGUGAAUUGAAUCAGAUUUACAAUGGAAGAUCAAUUAAGUCAAGAUUCCAGUGAUGUUGAGAUGAACAACUCCAAGGGGGUCCUGCUGAAGAUCGCCAAUCUGUACGCGGAACAGUUGAUGUCGGAUGUCUGUCUGGUGGUGGGAGCGAACCGUUAUCCGGCCCAUCGGGUGAUUCUCUGUGCCAGCAGCGAUGUGUUCCAGGUCAUGCUCAUGAAUCCGGAGUGGAACGAAUGUCGGGAGAGUGUGAUUGAGCUCAAGGAGGAUCCCAUGUGUUCGAUGGUUUUCCCUCAGUUUCUGAAGUACCUGUACGUGGGACAGAUCAAAGUUUCGAUCCAGACGGUGAUGCCAAUGCUGGAGCUGGCCGAUAAGUACAACAUCAAGGACCUGGUGGAGCUUUGCGUGGACUACAUGAUGAAGCAUAUCGCCAAAGCGGCCACCCAGGGCUAUAUGGUUUCCUGGUUUCAGUAUACCAUUUCGUUGGGAAGUGGACAUGUGGAGCUGACACAGGCGUUGAAACGGUUUCUCAAGUGGAACCUGGACAUCGUGUCGGAGUCGAAUGAUUUCAACGAACUUUGCGGGAUGAUUUUGGUGACGCUGCUGCAGCAGAACGAUCUGGUCGUCCAAAGCGAGUACACUCUGUUUGGGUAUCUCGAAAAGUGGCUCCUGUACAAAAAGGACCAACUGGACAAGGACCCGGAAAUGUCGGAGGAGGAACGACAGUUCGAACUGGUCAGCACGAUCGAGGCCGUUUUUGUGCAUGUGCGCUUCGCUAUGAUGUCCCCUGCGGAACUGGCCAACGUUUUGGUUUGCUCCAUUUUCCCCUUUCACAAAGAAUUCUUCAUAGAACGGGUGGCCAUCGGAAUGUGUUACCACGCGGGACAAGACGAUCGAAUACGAGAGAUUCGAUCGCAGGAAAAUGGUGCCCUCCAGUUUACACCACGACUGUACACGAACGAUCGGUGGAGUCUGAAUAUGACGGUCGAAGAGUUUGAUAAAAUCGAAAACUACAAGAACUUUGUGUGGUGUUUCUUCUCGCAGAAGUAUCUAUCCGAAAGAUACGAAGACCAAAGUGUCGCGUGGGAAAUAGAGCUGUUCCCGCGGGGAGUGAAAUAUAAUCGCGCCAUGCUGAUAGGAGUGUACAACAUGCUAGUCAAUACGGAGAUUCCGGAGUCGAUUAUUCGGACCGUCCGGUUGAAGGUUCUGUGCCAGGAACGUUUGCAAAGGGACCACCGGUUUAGGAUCGGCGUCCUGAUCAGCGGCGUCCAGAAUCGCAUCACCCACAUUCGAACGUGCCACGUGCGGACGGCGUACUUCUCCAACGACUUCCGGGUGCUCAACAUCGACAACCUGAUACCGUAUGACGAGCUGCAGCUGAGCGCGGUCAAUCUCAGUCCGCACCUAAUCGGCGAGAAGCGCGACACCAUCCGGCUGCAGGUCAUCAUCGCUCCGCUUGGAGAAUACGCCAGCACCGACAUGCCAACGUUCGAGUUCAAAGACUUAUAACGAUAAGAAGAUGGUACGGAACAGUCGAACCACACCUUCUUUGCGGUUGAGCAAAGUAGGGAAGAAAGGAAGCACGUUGUUUUUCGCUGGCGAUGAGUUCUGAGGCAGGGAACAGAUCAGCCAUCACGUGGUUGACGUCGACGGCAGAGUGGUCGUUUUACUUGAACCAGUAGCAAAAGGUAUCAUUUUCGUUGAUCGGGUUUUUAGUUUAUCUAGCCGUUAGGAGGAGCGGGAUGUCGGUUUUCAGCAUAUGUAUUAGUAAAUCUAUUCAGCUGGAAAUUAGUUAUACAGAACACUGCAUAUAAUAGAUUACCAAAAUAAUAUAUGACGCAGGUUUACAACCAUCAUUGAUUCAUGUGCUAUUAUCUUUCACACCAGUAAAUAAUUAACUAUUCGAAUAAU